AUGGGUUCUUUUUCUAGACGGGACAUUGAUAGACUGAUUGGUAGAAGCUGGGAUUUUUAUUAUCAGCCUUCAGUGGGCAGAGCUGGAGGCAUUCUUGUUAUGUGGAAGGACUCGAUUGGUUCAUUCAAGACGAUUUUCCAAUCUGAUCAAUGUGUUAUGGGGACUCUUACUAUGUCGAACACGGUUGUGUGGGAGAUUGCUAUGGUUUAUGCGGACAAUGAUAGGUAUGUCCGGAGACAGCUAUGGGAGGACAUCUCUAAUCACCAUAAUGCGGAGGUUCCGAUUGUGGUGGGGGGGGGGAUUUUAAUUGCAUCCUGGCUGCUGGGGGGAAGAAGGGGGGUGGGGAGAAGAAGGGCGGUAGGCUACUAUUCCCAAGCGGCCUGUGAUAUGGGCGACUUCAUGGCUGCAAAUGAUCUGGUGGAUCCGGGUUUCUCUGGCCCGGCCUAUACUUGGUCUAACAACAAGGAUGCGAGGAGCCGGAUUUUUUGCCGGCUGGAUAGGUUCCUGGUCAGCUCGGCGUUGCUGGACAAAUUUCAGGGGCUGAAAGUAACUCAUUUAACUCGGAUUGCAUCGGAUCAUUGCCCCAUUCUCUGCUCUGUGAUGGAGGAUGGCAAAAGGAAUUAUACGCAUUGGAUUAAGUUCGAAGAUGUGUGGGCCACAUUUUUGAAAGCUUGGCAAAUUGUGUCGGAGAAAUGGAAGGUGCAUGACAUGGGAUCGGAGGCGAUCAAGCUACAGAAGAAAUGCAAGCGAUCCCUAAGGGCUCUUUUCUUUUGGAGCAGGAACAAAAUCAGGAUGUUAGAACAGUUGAGGGAUGACCUUGAUAGGGAGAUUGGUAUCCUCCAGAUGAUUGAAUGCUCCCCAACCGGGCUUUCUGAGACCCAAGCCGAAACCUUGAGAUACAAGGUGCAACUUUUGAAGGCGACGCUGGCUAGAAUUUUGAUGUGGUGGGGGCAACGCGCGAAGGUGCGGUGGGUAGAGGAGGGGGAUGGGAACACACGGUUUUUUCACUCCAUGGCGUCUGCAAGGCGGUGA